UGGCGUUUACCGGGGUAUAAAUGGUCAAUGAGGGCACAGGAAACACCUCACUGCCUACGACAGAAAUGGAAUCGCCAACACUCGCCUGCAACCCGCCAGACGACGUACUGUUUUGCGUCUUUGCCUAUCUGCCCAUCCCAGAGUUGGUCCGAUGUGCUACUGUGUGCAAGCAGUGGUACAAAAUUGUGACAGGAUUCACCCACCUGUGGAAAGGGAAAAGGUACGUCAGCAAUAGAAGUCCGAGAGAAUCUGCCGAGACGUGCGCCGUGUUGUCCAUCGUACCGCUGUUGCAGGAAAUCGAAAUCAAGGUGGCCAAAAUGUUUGAGGUGAAAAUUUACUACCCGCAGUUGUUUCUGUCAGUGACAAACAUGUCUGACAUACGAGCUGUGCAGGACUGUCAGAGACUAGGGUCUACGCACGUGACAACUGAUCUCAGCAUAGCAGAUAUCGUCUUCUCUUCUCGUUCGCCUAUCUGUUUUACGGCGCUCCGGACGCUGAAGAUCGUCAGAGGGAACCCGACACUGACACUCUUCAAGCCGGGCACUAGGGCGGAAUGUGCCAUCAUCUCUGCCCUGGAGCUGUGCCCAUUUCUCACAGAGCUGAGCCUCGACGUAGAGUCCCUGUCGGCGAACUACUUGGACUCUCUGGAAGGGCUCGGCCGGCUGGAGGUUCUGAGAAUCCACUGCCGCAGUCUGAACGACCUGACAUUCCUACGGCAAUGCUCGGAUAAACUGGAGGAACUGGAACUGGAAAGUUGCGACGACUUGCCGUCGGCUGCGUACGCGGAGCUCCGCCACCUAGGGAAACUGCAGAUGUUGCGGCUGUGA